AUGGUCAGCACAUCCACCAACAACCAUGACAAAGCCAAGCAAACGUUGGAAUUUGAUUCUGCCCGAGUGUACUUGGCAAAAUGGGCCCAGCAAAUCGCACAUGAAGGCGAACUGAAUCGACUUGCAGAGCGUGCGAUGGAAGAAGGCCCAGCUAUGGAGGCAGAAGAUCUUCUUGGCGCGACAAAGCUGCCAACUAUACCUGGUGUCGAGGAAGGGCUCAAGCCUCUUAGUGUACAGGACUGCGAGCUCCUCAUGCAAAAUAAUUCCAAGGUCAAUGUACUAGCUCAGCAUAUUUUCCGCCGCGGACUUGAGAAGAACGCACGUCCUCUGCUAUGGCCUUAUCUGCUAGGCGCUCACCCUAUGGUUAUGGAAGUGGAGAAGCGAGAGCAUAUUGCUGACGAAGAUGCGAAGGCGUACUUAAAACUAUACGAAUCUUGGGCAACGAGCCAGCGGCCACUGUCAGCCCAUGCAGAAGCUUCGCAACACCGCAUUUGGAUCGAUUGUCUACGUGCUGAUACAAAGCAUGCAUUCUUCCAUACCCCACCACGUACAGAUACGUUCUCUCGUAUGCAGCAGAGCAGCUGGGAUCGGCCUUCGCAUCAAGGCACGUCUGCAUCGCAGAUCAAUCCGCAUUUGUAUGCUUUGAGCGACAUCCUAUUGACAUUUGUUGUCUACGCCGAAUCCAAAGAAGAUCCAUUGAUUCCAUCCCUUGAAGGAUACGUCCAGGGCAUGAGUGAUUUGUGCCUUGUCUGCUACAUGGCCUGCGAUGGUGAUGAAGCUAAAGCGUUUUGGUCCUUUGUGGCCCUCAUGCGUCGCUGGGGCGGAUUUUACGUGGAAGAUCAAUCAGGUAUGCGCCAAGAACUUGUGCUUCUUCAGCGCUUAGUUGCGGAACUCUGUCCGCGACUGUAUAUGUAUUUGCAAUCGAUUGACGCUCUCCAUUUCUUCUUCUGUUUCCGCUGGCUGCUUGUGUGUUUCAAGCGUGAGUUUGCUUUGGAUGACGUGCUUCGACUUUGGGAAGCGAUCUGGGCCUCGAGCUGGUGUUCACAAAAUUCAGGGGACUGGCCCUUAUGCACACACUUUGAGCUCUUCCUCUCCCUUGCAAUUUUGGAGAGUCAUGCAGAUGUGAUGGAACGUCACUUGAAGACUUUUGACGAAGUCUUAAUGUAUGUGCAGUCCUUGUCAAAUCAUAUGGAUGCCGCAACCGUGCUGCGUCGUGCGGAGGCGCUUGUGUACCGCCUACGGAGCCGGGUAAUCCAUGCUGAUGUACCGCCUGAUUCUGACAUUCAGGCCCUCGUGCAGCGCCUUUAA